UCAGCCGUCCGGAUAGCUUCUUCCCGACUCUUCGCCUUCGCCGUUCUCCUACCUUCCGCUUGGCGACCGCCGCGACCCCUUUCUUCCCUCCCGCCGCGCGCGCCUCUCCGACCACCCGCCUCCGCCUUCCUUCCCCGCCGCUCGCCGGCACCCGUUUCAAUGAACUAGCGUCGCCUCUCUUCACCCAAUACCCACCCGCUUCCUCCUCCCCUUCUCUCCCGGCUUGGAUGCCCAUGAAGACCAGCGGCGCGGCGGCCGCCGCCGGCGAGGUAGGCUGGUACGUGCUCGGCCCGAACCAGGAGAGUGUGGGCCCCUACGCGCUUACCGAGCUGCGAGAACAUUUUGCAAACGGGUAUCUCAACGAGAGCACAAUACUCUGGGCAGAAGGAAGGACUGAAUGGAUGCCACUCUCUUCCAUCCCUGAGUUACACUCUGCUGUCACAACAAAGGAUCAACCUGAACAAGCUGCUCCGGAUGCUGAAGACGAUUUUGAGAAAUUUCAGAAAGAGGUUACAGAAGCCGAGGCGGAGGCAGAGUCCUUGAAAGGCAGUGCUGAAGAUGGUGAUGAGCGGCCAGCAACCCCACCGGAUGGAGAGGAGGAGUUUACUGAUGAUGAUGGCACCAUUUACAAAUGGGACCGUACUCUGAGGGCAUGGGUUCCUCAAAAUGAUGCAUCAGGUAAAAAGGAUGAUUAUGCUCUGGAAGAGAUGACUUUUGCACUUGAGGAAGAAGUAUUUCAAGCACCAGAUAUCCCUGGUCCUUCUGCUUUAGAAGAAAUCAACACCCUGGCUGAAAACAAAAACAAAGAAUCAGACAAAGCAGAAAAGAGAGGGGAGAAGAAGCGAAAAUCUUCUGAGAAGCCAGCUGAAAAAAAGGAAGCUAACAAACCUCCGGACAGUUGGUUUGAUCUCAAAGUCAAUACACAUGUCUAUGUGAAUGGAUUGCCUGAUGACGUCACGGUGGAGGAGAUUGUGGAGGUAUUUUCCAAGUGUGGAAUAAUAAAGGAGGAUCCGGAGACUAAAAAGCCUCGAGUGAAGGUCUAUACUGAUAAGGAAACCGGCAGGAAAAAGGGUGAUGCCUUGGUGACAUAUCUCAAGGAGCCAUCUGUAGCUUUAGCAGUUCAGUUGUUGGAUGGGACAUCAUUCCGACCUGGUGGUAAGACUCUGAUGUCUGUAAGUCCGGCCAAAUUUGAGCAGAAAGGUGAUGUUUUCAUUGCAAAGAAAACUGAUAAACAAAAGAAAAGGAGAACCAAGAAGGUUGAAGACAAAAUGCUUGGAUGGGGUGGGCAUGAUGAUAAGAAGAUCACGAUUCCUACUACCAUUAUUUUGCGGCACAUGUUCACUCCGGCUGAGUUGAGAGCUGAUGAAGAGCUUCUUUGUGAGCUUGAGGAAGAUGUUAAAGAGGAAUGUGCCAAGUUUGGUCCAGUGGAUAAUGUCAAGGUUUGUGAAAAUCAUCCACAGGGUGUCAUAUUGGUGAAAUUCAAAGACCGGAAAGAUGGCUCCAAAUGCAUAGAGAAGAUGAAUGGCAGAUGGUUUGGUGGGCGGCAAAUCCAUGCUAGCGAAGAUGAUGGCUCCGUUAACCAUACUCUGAUCCGUGAUUACGAUGCAGAGGUGUCAAGGCUGGAUCGAUUCGGCGAAGAGUUGGAAGAGUCCACAUAGAGGAUAACAGGGAUUGCCUUCUUGUACCAUAAGAUAGCAUGGGGAUAGGAAGUUUUGCGUUUCGCCUCUUCCAUAUUCUUGGCCUUUUAUGUGCCUGCUGGUUAUUAACCAGUGAAAAGAAAUUAUGUCAGGGGGUAUCACUUAUGAGCCAUGAUCACGUCGUCUGUUACUGCCUCCCAUUUGAGUCUGGUCUUCAAUAAAAGGAAAUUCUUUGAUUCUAUCUCGGCCGGAAGGAAACACAAGUAUCAUCCGUCCCAAACGUAACGAAGGGCUUAGAUGCAAAAUUUGUCAACCUGGUCCUUAACCCUUAGCCGUCGGAUCAGAGGUGUGCGGCAGAGAUUGAUCGUAACCACCCCCUCUUCUCUCUUCGCUGGGCGCAGUGCCCAGACAGGCCGCGCCCGCCGCCGGCCGUUGCUCUCCCUGACCUCACCGAGCGUCCGGCUCGGCCGCCCUUCCCCAUCGUGUAGGUCCUUGGGCUGCUCACCGCUCGUCGACCAGUCGUCCCUCGUCUGGUCUCGGCCGAGGAAGGUCAGGCGGCGGCGAGGGGAAAGAGGUAGCGAGAUGCCGCACCGGGCGCGGCCGAUGACGGGGCUGCUGGUGUUCAUGGGCGUCAACCUCGUGCUCGUCAGCACCAUCUCCCCCGUCUACGACUUCGUCUGCUUCCACCCCUACUGGGAACGAAGGGUCCUACUUUACAGAGAGAACGCCGCCGGAGGGAACGUGAAGCUGUGCAACUGAGGGGUUCUCUAAAAACUACUAAUUGAGUUCUCCUAGCAUAUCAAACAUUCUCCUCAUCAGUGGCUGUCUCAAGUACCAAACUGCUUCUUGUACAAUCUAGGGAAUUGUUCAUUUCAACAGCCGUUUCGUUUACAAAA